AUGCAAACCGCUAAAAAGCAGAACCAGUUAAUAUUUGAACCAGAUCAAUUUCUCACUGCUUCACAGAUAAAGUCAUAUUUUUCUCGACUAACACAAGAACCUCGUAAAAAUGCCGACGAAUUAUCAACAGCUGUCGGAAAUUCUAACAUCACUUCAAUCAAUGAUCAUAAUCAACAAUGGCAAGAGAAUGAAGAUAAUAAUGAUUUUGAUUCAGCAGUUUCGAGUUCUCAAGCUUAUGAACUUCUCGGUAAAGCUAUUCAUACUCUCGAUGAAAUACUUUCACAACAGCAGUCUAGUUAA